UACCUGGUAUAUAUAUAAUUUGGAGAAAAAUAAAUUAAAAAAAGGGAACACAUAUGGGAGUUGUGAAGGGCCCCACAAAGGUACACAGUACACGAGCCCCAACUCCCAAGCAAAUUCAAAAGAAAAAGCGCAGGUCUUCCAACGGUCAGAUGAUCCAAAACUCUCUUACUUUUUUCUCUCUCUUCACCACAUCUUCACCUGUUCCUCUGUCUUCAAGAUCCAUUAGUUUCUUCUGCAAAAUAAAAAAAUCUCUCUAUCUCUCUCUAAGUUCCUUGUCAAUGGCGACUCAAACGAAUUCAUUUCACACUCCCAAAAAGGUCGAAGCUUUUUUCACUCCCGCAAAACCCUCAAAUUCAAAUCCCAAUUCGAUCUCAAAGGUCAGGGUCAUUGUAAGGGUUCGUCCCUUUCUUCCUCGUGAAAUCGCCUCAAAAAAUGGCAGCCCGGUCCCUUGCGUAUCUGUUCUUGACCCAAUUGAGACUAGCGAAGAAGUAACUGUUCAUCUCAAAGAUCAAGAAACCAGUCGAAAUGAGUGCUAUAAAUUGGAUUCAUUCUUUGGCCAAGAAGAUAACAAUGUUCAUCAGAUUUUCGACAAAGAAGUUAGCCCUUUGAUUCCGGUGAUCUUUCGGAGCUGCAAUGCCACUAUCUUUGCAUACGGGGCUACUGGCAGCGGAAAAACCUACACCAUGCAGGGGAGUGUUGAGAACCGAGGUCUAAUGCCUCUAGCCAUGUCGAAAAUUCUGUCUAUGUGCCAGAUAACAGGAAGUACUGCAGAGAUUUCAUACUAUGAGGUCUAUAUGGACAGGUGUUAUGAUCUUUUGGAACUCAAAGGGAAGGAAAUUGCUGUGUUGGAUGACAAAGAUGGCCAGAUUCAUCUAAAGGGACUGUCUCGGAUCCCUAUCAACACGAUGUCCGAAUUCAAUGAGGUGUUUUCUUGUGGAAUUCAGAGGCGGAAGGUUGCGCAUACGGGUCUUAAUGAUGUCUCUAGUAGAAGCCACGGUGUGCUUGUGGUUACUAUUUCAUCUCCUUGUGGUGAUGGUUCUGCUGUUACUGGGAAGCUUAACCUCAUAGAUUUAGCAGGUAAUGAAGAUAAUAGAAGGACCUGCAAUGAAGGUAUUCGUCUCCAAGAAAGUGCCAAAAUUAAUCAGUCCUUAUUUGCACUUUCGAAUGUGAUUUAUGCACUAAAUAACAACAAGCCUCGAGUGCCAUAUCGAGAAAGCAAACUGACCAGAAUAUUGCAAGAUUCUCUUGGAGGAACUAGUCGCUCUUUAAUGGUUGCUUGUUUGAAUCCGGGAGAGUACCAAGAGUCUGUUCAUACGGUCAGCUUGGCAGCUCGAUCUCGUCACAUCUCUAAUUUUGUUUCUUCAGCUCAAAAAGAUAAAGUUGACAUGGAAGCAAAGCUUCGUGCUUGGCUAGAAUCUAAAGGAAAAACAAAGAGUGCGCAAAGAAUAGGGGCAUUUGGUUCUCCAUUUUUGAGCCAAACUCCCAAUUCUGUGACCUCUGCAAGAAAACCCUUUGCAUAUCAGAGCUCUGCAAAAGAAAAGACUAACACCAAUCAAUGUGGUUCUAAUGCAAAAGAAAGGACUAUGUCUCGCAGAAAUCUAUUCAACAAUGGAGGUCCAGUUGAUGUAGGCAUGGAGAAUCCGGAACAUACUCUCAGGGGCAACACAGAAGAAGGGAUCAAGGUUUACACUGAUGAUAUUGCAUUUGAGUCAAAGAGAUACAUACCUGAUGGAUCAUUGGACAAUGAAGACAAGACAACAAGCAUCAAAUCUAUUGACUCACUUGGAUCUUCGCCAAUUUGUGAUAAAAUAAGAGCACUUCAAAGCUCCCUAAGAAAAGUUCUCUCCCCUAUAAACUCCAAUGUAAACGUAGAGACUAUAUCAUCAAGAGAUGAUCAAACAUUUGGCACCCCACUUGAUAAAUUUAAUGCACUUAGCUCUCAUGUCAAGAGCUCCCUAGUUCAAGAAUAUAUCGAUUUCUUGAAUACAGCAAGCAGGGAGGAGCUACUGGAACUGAAGGGAAUUGGAGAGAAGAUGGCUGAGUACAUACUUGAGCUUAGAGAAUUAAGUCCAGUAAAAAGGCUAGGUGAUUUGGAGAAGAUAGGCCUCUCAUCCAAGCAGGUGCACAAUAUGUUUGGCAGAGCUGCCAAACGUAUAUUUGAUUAGAUUAACUGUUAUAUGCAACACCCGGUUGCUUGGAAAAACUUGCAGCUGAAUUUCCUCCAUCAAUUCAAAUUUUACUUUGUAACAAUUUUUAUUUAUUUAUUUUUAUCACCUGUAUCAAUUUCCUCCAUGUAAUAAUGAACAUGAUGAUAUUCAUUUAUUUUAUGUUACUAAUUGAUAGAA